AUGGGAAAAGACUACUACAAGAUUCUAGGCGUCCCUAAGACAGCCAAAGACAACGAGAUAAAGAAGGCUUACCGAAAACUCGCCUUACAGUGGCACCCGGACAAGAACAAGGCUCCCGGAGCAGAGGAGAAAUUCAAGGAGAUCUCUGAAGCUUACGACGUCCUUAGUGAUAAAGAGAAAAGAGAAAUCUUUGACAAAUAUGGUGAAGAGGGCCUUAAAGGGUCUCCAGCAGGGGGAAACAACUCGAACAUGCAUUUUCAAGGACCAGGAUUUGCAAGAACUUUUGUAUUUACUAGUGGAGAUGCACGCCAGACUUUUGCAAGAGCUUUCGGUAAUGACGAUGAAUUUGCAGACCUUAUUGGCGGCUUAGGAGGGUUUAGCUUCUUCAACGACCUCAGAAGAAAAACGUCAGGGUCAAGAACAAGCGCUAAUGAUAGUUUUAUGUUCGACUUUGAUAGCAUUCCACCGCCGCGAACGAAGAAGCAAAAAGUUCAAGAUCCGACGAUCGAGAAAGAUCUACUUGUUAGCCUCGAAGAGCUCUUGAGCGGCUGUACGAAAAAGAUGAAAAUAUCUCGAAAAGUCUACGACGAGCGUGGAAGUUUCACGAACGAAGAAAAAAUCCUUACGGUAAAUGUGAAACCAGGGUGGAAAGCAGGAACAAAGAUUACUUUCCCGAAGGAAGGAGAUAGAAAACCUGGAGUUGUUCCUGCUGACGUUGUGUUUCAUGUGAAGGACAAAUGUCACUCUCAUUUUUCACGAGAUAGCAACAACAAUCUUCUUUACACCGCAAAGAUUUCAUUACGGGAUUCCUUGACCGGUGGGCAGGCAGAAAUUCCUACAAUCGAUGGACGUAAAAUAAAACUACGUUUGAAUAGUAUUGUGCAACCAGACUCUACUAGAAGGAUCCAUGGAGAGGGACUACCACUACCAAAAAAUCCCUCCAAGAGAGGUGAUCUGAUUGUCAAAUGUGACAUUCAGUUUCCUGAUAAACUUACAGAAGUUCAAAGAGAUAUUUUGUUAGACACGCUACCAAGUUAA